AUGCUAAAACAUAAUGCGGAAAGUAAGAAGGGUGGAAAGAUCGCAAGGGCUAAACUAUUACAUUAUAUAGGAGGCCGCAUCAAAUUAAGGCUACCAAGAUAUUUAAGGAAGAAGAAGGUGAAGGGCAUACUAGAGGAGGCAGAGAAGCUUAAGGCGCAGGUAUUAGAGAUACUUCAGAUGAAGCUUAAAGCAGACCAUCCCGAUAUACUAACGAGCCAGUGGGAGGAGGCAGAGAAGCUUAAGGUGCAGGUGGUGGAGACUCAUAAGAUAAAGCUUGGAGCAGACCAUCCCUCUACACUAACGAGUAUAGCCAAUCUUACAUCAACAUAUACAUAUCAAGGCCGUUAG